AUGGAUCAACUGCUGGCGCUAGGCCGGCAGCUAGGCUUGAGCGUUGAGGACGUAGGCACAUGCCUGCGUCUGGGGCGGCCUUUGAGCGAGUGCAACUGGUGCAUCGCAAGUGAUGUGGGGCAACGUGCCCAAGAAGUGGCCCGAGAUAUGUUCGAGACAGGCAGGUUGAUUGAGUACCACUGCUAUGACGACCAUGGUCAUGGCCAAGGCCGGGGAGUGCUGCGCCUGCUGAGCUGGGAAGACACUGCAGAAGGGCUGUUUACAGCCGAGCAUGGCCUGGCAUCAGACCCCUACUAUGACUGGUAUGCUCAAAACAAGUUGAGCCAAGGUGCUGUGUACCAUGUCUGCCAGGGCAGUGCCAAGGCCUGCAAGCGGAGGCUGGCAAGAGGGGACCGAAGGAUCCUCAUUCAUGUGGACCGAUGGCGGUUAUUGACCCCGCAGGUCAUGGUUGACCAGGCAUACUUGAAGGAUCAAGGUAUCGCCCUGGGCCGAGCCGCCAUUGAGGAGAAAGCCAAAGAACGGGGGCCCGUGGUCCCAGGAGGCACUGGCCUCGAUGCGGCCGUGACGGCACUUCCUGCCCCAGUUGGGGGUGAGGCGCGCGGCAGUGGUGACAGAGAGGAGCCCCGGAAAGAACGGAAGGCCCGAAGAAGGUCCCGCAGCAGGGGGCGGAGUAGGCGCCUGGAAGACAAGUUGGCUGACCAAGAACGGAAGAAGGCAGAAGACAAGGGGCGAGAGGAUAGUGAACGAGAAAAGAAGAGGAAGAAGAAGAAGAAGGCCGAGAGAGGCCGAAGGCGGAAGGACAGCCCCUCCUCGGGGAGUUCUUCAGGAAGCUCCAGCGCCACAAGUUCAGGGUCACUUUUUCGGCCGUCCUCAGUCCGGGGAGGCGACCUGUGGCGCCUGUCCCAAAAGAAGCCCGGACGGUUGACCGAAAUGGCCCUAAAGCGGAUGAGCCGGUAUUUAGCGGGUCAGGCCGAAACCGGUCUCGAAAAGGGCGCGUGGGAGUCUCAGAAGGUUCUCGCUUACUUGAACCAAAUCAUCCUCACCGCCUCACCACCGUCAAAAAUCGGAGUCAGAGCGCAUCGAGAGCUGAUCACCCUGGCGACGGCGCUGGACGAGUUACUGGCCAGCCGCACUCUGCAGACCCUCGAUCUUUUGAUGCAGAGGUUCAAGGCCUUGGAGGUGGCGAUCCAGGACGGUCACUGGAGCCUGGCGAGGCACUACGAACUGAUACCAGCAGCCGGGGCCAUGCUGUCAAGAGAAGAAGAAAGGGAGAUCGCAACGAAGGCCGAGGUGAGACAGAUGAAGUUGAAGGAAGCCAUUCAAAAACCCGUGAGUCAGAGCCGAAGCCCCACACGGCCCGUGGAGGGUCGCCACAGCCCGGCCAGAAGCGCGGCCGACACCCUGGCGAACCAGAGGGUGAAGUUCGUCGACCUGCGGUCUCGGGAAGAGCGCAAAGAAGGGGAUUCUCGCAGGAGCGCACUGCGGGCAGCACUGCCAGCUCCUCAUGGAGAGGCGGUGAAAGAGAAACCCGUGAAGCCCCCCGAGGGGGUACCCACAGAGGACCUGACCAGUCCGAGGGCCGUGAGCAUAGAAGAGGCGGAAGCCAGGCACCCCGAAAGGAUCAGAGAAGUAAGGCUGGAGGAGAGACAAGAGUCGCACGGCAGCCUACUUGAGGCCGAACCUGCAGCCCAAUUGGAGGAGCAGGUCAGCAGCUUGCUGAAAGAUUGGCUCGAUGAGCAUGAAUGGACGGGCCUCUCGGCAGCUCAGAUGGCUUCCCAUUUGACCCUACAAAUAUGGCACUCACCCAGCCCCCUUCAGCGGUUGAUGGAGUGGAACCUGCAAGCCACGGAGCUCAGGGAGGAGCGUGUGCGGAACCUCUUCCCCCUUCCUUUGUGGCAUGAUGACGUUGAACAGCUUAAGAUGAUCAUAACCGCUGGGGAGUACAAGGAUGCAGCUGGUCAAUGGAGAGAGAGAGGUGACACCCGCAGCAAGGCCCAGAAGGCUCGGCGGUUGGAAGGGUUGAAAGCAUGGCACGCCUUGGCAAUUCUGGGACUGAACUAUCUCCACGGAGAUCGGGAGAAGAGUCAGCCACCUUGGCCAGGGUCCCAAGCGACAGCAGCUCAGGAAAAAGCCCUCAUCCGGGUUUGGGACAUGCUCAAGGUUUUCUUUGAUGAUAAGGAAAAGGUUGGUGUCCCAAGGACCCCCCUCCAUGAAUGGGAACACGAGAUAGGUGAGCUGAGCAUUUCCUACACAGGCGAAGUGGUAGAAAAGGCCAAAUGGGUGACUCUGCGGCAGAUCCUUCCUGGAUUGCCGAGCCCCGAACACGGUGGGCUGGUUGACAUCCUGGAGCUAGUGCCCAGUGAGAUGGCCGAGGCGCUUCAGCACCCCGAGCUGCUGAUCCGGGAGGACUGGCCUGAGGUCAUGCCAAAGCCACGCGUGAUGUGCGUGGAUGAAGAAUGGGAUCAAGUUGUAGCAGCCCUCUAUCAGCGGAAGUUGGUGAAGCCGGUUGACAAGUUUGUGGUUGUGGAAGGCGAGCAUGUGCUGAACGGAGUCUUUGGGGUUCCGAAGCAGGACAAGAAGCUGCCCUCUGGGGAAGAAGUCCUGAGACUUAUCAUAGACCUCAGAGCUUCAAACUGGCUGCUUCACCAGUUGGAUGGGGACACCCAGACCCUAACAGGAGCAGCCAGCUUCCAGAGGAUCAUGGUGUCUGAAGGUGAAGAGCUCUUAGUGAGCGGCGAGGAUCUGGUGUCAGCUUUCUAUUUAUUCGCCAUGCCGCAGGCUUGGGGGCCGUUUAUGACUCUGGCCAAGCCGGUGCCGGGACACUUGGUUGGACGCCCGGAAGAGGACUGGACCUAUGUGGGUUUGUCCGCCUUGCCGAUGGGCUGGCAUAGCUCCGUUGGCAUCAUGCAAGCCGCUCAUCGGCGCAUUGCACUGGGCUCUCCACUGAGAGGCGGUGCUGGGUUGUCGCGCCUAGCUGAGAUUAGUAGGUGUUCGGUUUUCCCGGAUUUGGAUGAAGGCGCAGGUUGGUCCAUCUACCUGGAUGACACCACCAUUUUGGAGAAGAUCUCAGCCAAAGCAGUGGCUGACCUGGAGGGUAGACCACCCGCAGAACAGGAGUGCCAGAAGGCAGAGAGGUUGGGCGCUUUGAUUGAUGGAAAGAGGGGGAUCCUCAGGACCACCACAAAGCGAUGCCUGGACCUCAUUUCCCUGGGAACGUGGAUCCGCCGACAGGGCACUGUGCACCGAAAGGCGCUACAGGUUUAUGCCGGGAAAGCAGUGCAUAUCCUUCAGUUUCGCCGCUGCUUAUUUUCCUGUUUGGAAGUGCUUUUUCGAGCAAUCGCUCAUGGGCCUCAAAACUGCCCGGUGACGGAAGAACUGAGGAGCGAGAUGUUCAUGAUGGAGGUUCUGCUCCCCUUGACACAAUGCGACCUGAAGGCAGCAGUGGACCCCAUAGUGACCGCAAGCGACGCCUGCGAAACUGGAGCAGGAGUCUGCUACGCCUCUCGCCUCACGAGAGCAGGAGAAGAGGAAGUGAAAGAAAUCUUGGAGUCCAGUGCCAUCCCGGAAGGACCCACGCGGGCCAAUCCCACUCAGCUGAGUGAGAAUGAGCACGUCCUGGUCAUUGACCUGUUUGCCGGGUUAGGUGGACUGACCCUUGCGCUUGAGAAGGCAGGGGUGCACUACAAACACUUGGGGAUUGUGGAGAAGGACCCUGAGUGUAGGAGACGCCUCCGGAGGACCUACCCAGGAGCGGCGUUCUACAGCAAAGUGGAGAACUUUGGCAAGAAGGAGAUCAAAGAACUCCUCAAGAAAGUGCCAGAAGCGAGCGGCAUUGUGGUAGGGGGAGGGAGCCCUUGUCAGGGACUCUCCCGGUUGUCAAGCCGGCGUCAGCAUCUGGCCGAUGAAAGAUCCCAGCUGUUUUAUGAGGCCAGCCGGAUUUUCAGAGAAGUCGAAGAAGUGGCAGCAGAGAAAAAGUUGUGGGUGCUGAAGCUGCUCGAAAAUGUGAUCGCCGACUCCGCAGACAUAAAGGAGAUGUCAAGGGAGCUGAAGAUGAAGCCAGUGAUGGUGGACGCCCAGUACCUGUCCCGAGCCCGCCGACCACGCCUCUUUUGGCUUUCAGUUGAGCCGGGGCCUGAGGAUGAUGUUGGCGUCAUCUUGCACAGGGAUUACACCCAGUUGGUGUACAAAGCCAAGGAGGAGCCCUUGGAGUUGUUCCUUCAGCCCAACUGUGAGUGGGAGGCGGGACUGCGAAGUGAAAAGGCGCGGUUCCCCACCUUCACUAGGUCCAUACCGCGGGCCAGGCCCCCGCCAGACCCAGCAGGGUUGAGCGAGACGGGGCCAGCUGGUGUAGCACGGUGGGAGGCUGACCAAUUCAGGUACCCUCCAUACACCUACAAGGAUGAAUACAUGGUGCUGACACCUGAGUGCGCCCUGCGGCCCCUGGUGGCAGAGGAGCGGGAGAUCCUCAUGGGAUACCAACCAGGCCACACGGCAAAAUUGCUCAAGAAACCGCCCACGCGUGAGGCUGAAAGGCGAGCCGCAGAGGAUUUGCAGUGUUCAGCACUGGGGAAUUCGUUCCACACCAACAGCGUGGCCUGCCUCUUGGAUCAUGCCCUGGCGACCAUGGGGCUAAAAAGCAGGAAAGGAGCUGAGGAGAUCGUGCAGCUCUCAAUGGCUCAACAAAUCACAAGAUGCCCUGCCACUGAGCCUCCCCUCGUGGAGGACAGUGGCGAGUCCAGUCAGCUCAGCCGAACAGAUGACAGCAUCAGUGUCGGCGGUGCGCUCAAGGCAGAGGAAAUGGAGAGAAAGAGCCGCAGUUCAAAGCUACUUGCGGACGAGUUGCAUGAUGAGAACAAACUCAGCAGUUUGUUGGUAUCUGCGUAUGUCCGACGCCAGGAGUUCAGAGGCUCCGAUGUGCGGCUGGACAUCAGCGCCCUUUACCGGUCGCACUCUUUCCCCUUCAAGGAGAAAGAUCACAUCAACGUGUUGGAGCUCCGAGCCUUGGUGCAUACUUUUGAGCGGAGGCUUCGAAAUCAAGCCUUCGGGAGCUGCAGGGCGCUGCACCUCACUGACAGCCAGGUGGCCCUGGCGGUAGCCACAAAGGGCCGAUCAAGCUCAAAGUCGUUGAACCGCCUCUUGAGGAAGUUCGCUGCGCUGCAAAUUGCAGGCGGCGUUUGGCCCCUUCUGGCCUACGUCGAAAGUGCAAAGAAUCCGGCCGACGGGCCCAGCCGAGAAUAUGUGUGGAACCAGCUUGAGGUUCCUCAGCGGGCCACGCCGCUAACACCAGAGCUUCUGAUGGCCUUUGCAGGACAGGCUUUCAAAUGGCAACAGUGGGAACUCGGGUGGCUACUCGUCGUCGGGUUCACAUUGUUUCUACGCACCGGCGAGCUUUUACAAAUCAAAGCCCAAGAUGUGGUCAUGGGAGACCGAGCCGGGGUGCUUUACUUGCCGCCCUCCAAGGGAGGCAAGCGCUUGUUCCUGCCGUUGGAACGCAUCGAAAUGGCCGAGCAAAUCACCUUCCAGGCUUUCAGGGCACUUCUUCAAAAGAAGCAACCUGGCGAUUUGCUAUGGACGGGUUCAAGGCAACGAUUUAUGUCUCUCUGGCAUUCGCUCGUGGACGCCUUGCACUUACAAGGUUGCAACUUUUACCCGUACAGCCUGAGAAGAGGAGGGGCCUCUAGCACCUAUCGGGCGGGAUCCAGUUUGGAUCAGCUCGUCACAAAAGGGCGAUGGCAGCAUGUGACCACAGCUCGUGUUUACUUGGACACAGGGUUGCAGGCACUGGCCACUCUUACGCUCCCACAGGCCGCCCGACCCAAGCUCCAACGGGUUCCUGUUUGUUUGGCUGCGAAAGCCAUUUUAGAUCAGAAGGCACGGCAGCAGGUUCUGAAAAAGGUUCCUGUUUGUUUGGCUGCGAAAGCCAUUUUAGAUCAGAAGGCACGGCAGCAGGUUCUGAAAAAGGUGAACUACGGUGGUCGAGUGACAGAUGACAAGGAUGUUCGCUUGAUCAGUGCUUUCUUGAAACGCUACUUCAACGAGGGGGUGCUUGAGGACGGUUACAAGUUGAGUCCAUUGGAUGCUUACACUUGCCCGAACGAAGGGUCACUCGAGGAGGUGCGAGAACACGUGCGCAAACUACCCAUGGAUGAAGACCCGCAGGUCUUUGGCCUGCACCCCAACGCGCAGAUCACGGCACAGACAGAGGCGGCGCGGCAGUUCCUGGGUAUCAUCCUCUCGGUGCAGCCGCGCAUCGCUUCGGGCGCAGCCAUUCGACCGGAGGAUUUGGUGGCUCAGAUGGCGGAGGCCUUUUUGGGCCGUGUGCCCAAGGUCAUGAACCGAAAAGAGGCAGACCCGGAGACGUGCCCCGUGGAGAACAUAGCUCCAUGA